GAAUAGGAGCGGCGGUGCGAAAAUCAAACACUUUGAAGAUGUUUAAUUUUGUAGGUGUUUGACCCUUGCUGAAAAGAUCCAAAUAUUGUAAACUGCAGGGUCAUUGCUUUACCUAAGGCUUGAUUAACAGAAAGGAACUUGUGCCAUUUGUUUGAAAAUGGAAUUUGGUUAAAAGAUGUCCUGGUACAAAGCAUUAGCAUCCUCUGCCUUGUCUGCAGCAGUAGCGUUACCAGUCGCUGUGACUUACCUAGAUACUGUUGGAUAUAUUGCUCAGGUUAUGGGCGUUUCUAUGCAGCCAACAUUAAAUCCAGAAAGAAAGACAGAUUAUGUGUUCCUGAACAAAUGGAAAGUUAGACAUUUUGAUCUGGAAAGAGGAGAAAUUGUAGCAUUAUUAUCACCAAAGAACCCAGAUGAGAAGUUGAUUAAAAGAAUCGUGGGCUUUGAAGGAGAUGUAAUAAGGACAAAGAACAAGAAAAGAGGUGUGCCCAUACCCAAAGGACAUUGUUGGUUAGAGGGAGACAACACUAAACAUAGCCAUGAUAGCAAUGAUUUUGGACCUGUUCCAGUUGGGAUGAUAUAUGCCAAAGCCAGUAGGAUUGUAUGGCCUCCACAUCGAUGGGGAAAAUUGACACGAGACGAAUUCCAUGAAGAUAGAUAUAUUGUUAAACAAAAUCCCAAAGUAACAUUAUUUCCUAAUCCAUAGAAUUCCAUUGUUCAGCUAUUACCAGACUCGUUUAUUACCAUGAUUGCAAUAAGCCAUGAUAUAUGGAGUUGAAUGGAGUCGUGUUAUCCAUGCAAUCAAUUCCGUCAGCAUCAUUGAGUCUAAAUAAAGGAGAACUGAUCCAACAUACACCGAUGUCUGAUUGUGGUUUAAAUGACUUUUUACACAAGAAAAUUACUUUUUAUUUGUGAAAAGAAAAGAACUUGUUACACUGACUGAUAGUUUUUCUGUGAUAAAAUGUUUUCCGAGAUCUGUCAUGUUGGCUGUGUUAUUGUUUUUUUCUUUAUCAGUUCUAUAAGCAUUGAAAGGAAUAUCGACAUUGUGUCCAUAAGUUCAGCUAUCUGCAUCAAAAAUAAACUACUCAUUAUCUUC